AUGCUUCACGACAUUCACCCAAAUAAAUUCAGUGAAUUGCGAAGUACCUAUAAAUACCACAUCGAUUCGUAUACUGCAUUGUAUAAGCUAAGAACGGAAAAGGAAGAAGAAAUAAACUCAAUUUACAAAAUGACCAAAACAAAAUUGAUUGAUUCAAAUAAUUGUCUUCCGACAAAUGUAAUAAGAGACAUUUUACAUAUCAUUCCAUAUAAUAAUCGCUAUACAAAGUCAUAUUUAUCUCUUGCCAAACUCAUAUCAGAUGAUUACAAUGUCACAGAGAUCAGCAAUGUUGAAUCUAUUUUAAACUUCCUGUUUUGGAAAGAAUAUGGAAUUAAAUUAGACAAUUCUGAUGAUUUUGAAGAGUUUAACUCCAAAAAUAUCAAACACCAGAUUCUGAAUGCAUGA